CCUUCCUUUCUCUUUUUACUCUGUGGCUCGGAGAGGCUUGGCUUUGCCGAAAUAAGUUUUGAAUUUGUAAUAACUCGUGAAAUAUAAAUGAGUGUGUGAAUUAUUACUUAAUUUUAUGUGUAUAUUUUGAACUAAAUAAAGAAAACAUGUUAGUUCUCUUUGAAACUCCGGCGGGAUACGCAAUAUUUAAAUUACUCGAUGAAAAGAAAUUAGCAGAAACAGAAAAUUUAUUUCUAGAUUUUGAAACACCAGAAGCAGCAAACAAGAUUGUCAAAUUGAAACAUUUUGAAAAAUUUGAGGAUACUACAGAAGCUCUCGCUGCAACAACAGCUGCUGUAGAGGGAAAAUUGUCUAAAACCUUGAAAAGAACCCUUAAGAAACAUUUCUCAGAACUUCAAGAAGAAUUAGCAGUAGCUGAUGCCAAAUUAGGAAAUGCUAUAAAAGAUAAACUUAGUUUAUCUUGUGUGAGCAAUACUGCAAUACAAGAACUAAUGAGAUGCAUUCGAAGUCAAGCAGAUGGAUUAUUAGCUGGUUUGCCCAAGAAAGAAAUGACAGCAAUGGCUUUGGGCUUAGCUCAUAGUCUUUCCAGAUAUAAGUUAAAAUUUUCACCUGAUAAAAUAGAUACCAUGAUAGUACAAGCUGUUUGUUUACUGGAUGACUUAGAUAAAGAAUUGAAUAACUAUGUAAUGCGUUGCCGUGAAUGGUAUGGCUGGCACUUCCCAGAACUUGGUAAAAUUAUAACAGACAAUAUUGCAUUUGUACGAAGUGUAAAAAUAAUUGGAACAAGAGAGAAUACGAUAAAUACAGACCUAUCUGAUAUUUUGCCUGAAGAUAUUGAAGAAAAAGUUAAAGAAGCUGCUGAAAUAUCAAUGGGAACUGAAAUUUCAGAAGAUGAUAUUUUGAAUAUCCAACAUUUAUGUGAUCAAGUCAUAGAAAUCUCACAAUAUAGAGCGCAAUUAUAUGACUAUCUUAAAACUAGAAUGAUGGCAAUGGCACCUAAUUUAACAAUUCUAGUUGGAGAAUUAGUGGGUGCUCGUUUAAUUUCACAUGCAGGUUCUCUUAUCAAUCUUGCCAAACAUCCUGCUUCCACUGUACAAAUUCUUGGUGCAGAAAAAGCACUUUUUCGAGCAUUAAAAACCAAAAAGGAUACUCCAAAGUAUGGUUUAAUUUACCAUGCACAGCUUGUAGGACAAUGUUCUGUCCAGAAUAAAGGAAAAAUGUCUAGAAUGCUUGCAGCAAAAGCAUCUUUAGCAACAAGAGUUGAUGCAUUAGGAGAAGAUGUAAAUUUUGAUCUUGGUGCUGAACAUAAAGCUAAAUUGGAAAGACGAUUAAGAAUACUGGAAGAAGGAAAUUUACAUAAAAUUAGUGGAACUAGUAAAGCAAAAGCUAAAUUUGAAAAAUAUCAUAACAAAAGUGAAUAUAUACAAUAUCCAACAGCUGCAGAUACAACUCUUACAAGUAAUAAGAGAAAAUAUUCUGAUAUAGAAGAUAAGACAGUAAUCGAAGAAAGUGAAACACAAAUGAGCAAAGAAGUUCCAAAAAAGAAAAAAAAGAAAGAUGUUGAGGAUAUUGAAGGAUCUUCACAAAUACAAAAUAUAGUAAAAGGUGAAAAUGAACAAGAAAUUACAUCCAAGAAAAAGAAUAAAAAAAUCAAACAGGAAUCCAAGCAAGAUGAAGAAAUAAGUGAAACUGUAAGUGCGAAAAUAGAAGAAAAUACAAAUGUUGCAGCUUUAAGUGAACCACAGGAUGAAAGUAUUGUUUCAGAAUCUAAGAAGAAGAAAAAGAAGAAGAAAGAAAAGCAUGUUGUAGAGACACAAGGAGACAUUUCCAUUCCAACAGAAUCAGCAGAGGGUGAAUCAGUUUUGACAGAGAAGAAAAAGAAAAAGAAAAAAAAAGUGCAACAAGAUGAAUAACUUUCAUUGAAAGUUUUUUUUAGAUUUAUAUGUAAUUAUAUUUAUAUAAACAGUUUCAAGGAUUGGUCAUUAAUAUAUUAUGUGCCCAACAUAUUUCAAAUGUGA